AUGCUCCGCAAGCUGUUCCAGACCGAGGAUCCCGCCUCUCAGCCCUUCGUCAUCUCCGGUUCUGGUACUCUUGGUUGGGAUCAGGUCGCUGCCAACCUUGCUGAGCCCGGUGAUGAUGUCCUGAUCCUGCACACUGGUUACUUUGCCGACAGCUUUGCCGAUUGUUUCGAGACAUACGGCGUCAAGGCUACCCAGCUCAAGGCUCCCAUUGGCGAUCGUCCUCAGCUCGGCGAGGUCGAGAAGGCCCUCAAGGAAAAGAACUACAAGCUCAUCACUGUCACCCACGUCGACACGUCGACCGGUGUUCUCAGCGAGAUUGAAGCCCUUAGCAAGCUCGUCCACAAGGUCAGCCCCGAAACGCUGGUCGUUGUCGAUGGUGUCUGCAGUGUCGGCUGUGAGGAGAUUCAGUUCGACAACUGGGGAAUCGACUGUGUUAUCACCGCCUCUCAGAAGGCCAUCGGAUGUCCAGCAGGUCUGAGCAUCGUUAUGGCUUCUGGCCGUGCCAUCAAGUCUUUCCAGAGCCGCAAGGUCCCUCCUACCUCAUACUUUGGCUCGUGGAAGAACUGGAUGCCCAGUACGUAUCAUCUCUCGAUUAUCCUUGGAGCUAAUGCUAAUUUGGCGCANGUCAUGCAAAACUACGAAGCCGGCAAGCCCUCAUACUUUGCUACUCCCUCGCCCCAGCUCGUUCACGCUCUUCACACCACACUUAGUCAGAUCACCUCAGUACCUUUGGCUGACCGCUUCGCUGCUCACCGCAAGGCGUCGCAAAAGGUCAAGCAAGCUGUCGCCGACCUCGGUCUCAAGCAGCUGGCCGAGAAGCCCGAGAACCAAGCCAACGGAAUGACCGCCAUCUACCUCCCCAAGGGUAUGACUCCUCCGGAUGUUUUGCCCAAGCUUAUGCAGCGCGGUGUGGUCUUUGCUGGCGGUCUGCACAAGCAGAUUGCUACCCAGUACAUUCGCUUUGGCCACAUGGGUGUAAGCAUCACUGACCCCAACCGUGACGACAUUGACCGUGCUAUCAAUGCGCUGAAGGAGGGCAUCACAGAGGCACAGCAAGCCAUGGAUAUGUCCGCUAGAUAG